AUGGAGCAGUGGUUACGUUAUUUUAACGCAGAUAUGCGAUCUCAGAAUAGAAACGUCCUAAUAUUCUUAGAUAAUGCUGAAUGUCACCCAAAGAUCAAACUAUCUAAUACGAAAAUACUUAUGUUGCCCCCAAAUACCACAUCGAUCACCCAACCAAUGGAUCAAGGAGUGAUUUACACGUUCAAGUCUUACUAUCGUAAGUUUUUGCUACAAUCGUUAUUAUGCAAGAUGGAUAAUUGUUCUUCAGCUCAUCAGAUCGCUAAAUCAAUAAGUGUUUUGGAUGCAGUCAAUUGGAUAGCAUUGGCUUGCGAUAAUGUAAAAGCUGAAUGUGUACAAAAUUGUUUUCAUAAAGCCGGGUUUCUUUCAAAUGAAGGAACCAAUACCAAUGGUAUAGAUUUACCAGAAAAUGAUUUGAACGAUAUUAAUGAGGAAUGCGUUAUAGCCAAUGUCGAUGUAGAAGAUUUUAUUACAUUUGACAGUAAAUUAGAGACGCACCAAACUCACGAUUCGGCGAUUUUUUUAAAAGAAGAAGAAAAAGAAGUACUUAAUAAGAAAGAACUUACAACAAAAGCCCGAGAAUGUGCUGAAUGUGCUGCUCUUAAACACAAAAAGCAAUCAAAUAUUAAAAACUAUUUUUUUUAA